UUCAUUAGACAACGUGAGAUUGUGCAUAUUGAACUCUACCAUGUCCACAACUUUUCCUAUGCUCACAGUCUGAAAGGAUGCUGCCAUGAUCAUAUUCAUACUUUUGCUGUCAACCAUUUGGGGUCUCACCUGGUGGCAUUCAGUCCCAUACCAAACACUAAUUCCACUGAGAUAGUGUCAUGGAAUCUAGAGUCUGAAGAUCACAAACACUUGGCUAAAUUUUCUUCAGUUCCAAUUGAUGGUGUAUGCACUGAUCUUCGAUACUGCUUAGCAUUCUGUGAUGGAGAGAACUACCUUCGAUCCUGGAACUUGGCUUCCAAGAUCAAUGACCAGUCUUUGACAGUCACUGCAAGCAAAGCAAAGCAAACAAAUGGUAUUCAGAAUAUUGUGACAUCAGAGAGCUAUCCCAGAUAUGCUGUCUGUCGAAAUACAAGGGGUCCAGGAGUCAUAACAGUUUGGAACAUUGUGAAAUCAAAGUGUAAACACAACGCUGUAAGAGUGGAAAGAGGACUGGUUGAAAACACAGAUGUAGUACUGAUUAAAGACAUGAAACUGUAUAUUCUGACAGACAAAGGAAUCGCUCCCUUUGGGGAUCCUCCCAGGCCCAUUUUCCAGAGCCUUUUAAUUUAUGAUCUCCUGAAAAAGAAGUACCUAAAGAAACAGACUGGUCUCUACAUAAUCCCCUGUCCAUAUAAUGAGUAUCGGAUUCUUGAAGGAGGCCUUCUACUUGGUCUCUCAGAGAACAGAGACCAUUUUAUCACGUGGAAUUUGGAAACAGGAUUGAUUAAGAAUCGGAUCAGGCCUCAAUACAAAAACAACAUUGCCUUGCAAGCUACUCAUCCCAACCAUUCCUUGCCCAGGGAAAACACAAAAUUAAACAAAGGAGGAUUGUGUAAAGAAAUAACAGCAUUAUGGCUUCCUUGGGAAAGGCGAAAUGAAACAAGCACUGCACAGAAAAGGAGACGAGAGAAGGCAGGAAAACUGGAGGUGGAAAUGUUACAACAGCUAGCCAAGGAGAAGAGCAAUGCUAUUGAUCAGUACCUCCUGAGUGGAAAUGAAAAGGUAGCAGUGUGCUCCUAUUAUGCACAUCACCUGUCUGUGUUCAGCCUGGAAACGAUGUCCCAUCUCCGCACUCUUGAGAGCAGAGAAUCUAUGCUGUUCUUACACAAUGCAGCCUUGACCUUUGAUGGCCAUUACUUAGUGCUCUCGAAUUACAGCGAGGAGGAGAAAAUCAGCUAUGUAACCCUAUGGAAUUUAGUCACAGGAAAGGUCAGGAAAAGAUUAAAAAAUGAGCCAAACGUCUGCUGUACGGCCAUAACUGAUGAUGGUAGCAGAAUAAUUUUUGGUGUGAUGCUGGAAAACAAGAUAAAGCUUUGGGAUCCAUUUAAGCACAAACACAAGUUAUUUCAAGGUUAUGAAGGCCUUCACCUGAAUGUGAACAGCAAAUUACAGAUAUUAGAUAGCACAAAAGCUAUCCUCCUUGCAGGUGAGGUCAGUCUGUGGGACUUGGAGAGUGGCACAGUUAUAUCCAUCUUCACACCAGACAGCAAAAUCUCCUGCUUGACUCUUGCCUUGGAUAGAAAAGCAAUUCUUUUAGGUUUGACUGACAGCCCUACUCUUAUUACCUUGAAAUUGCUGAGCCUCAACGCUGCUGCAAGUUUGACAGGAACAGAUUUGUUUGGAGAAGAAUCGUCAAGCAGCGAAGAGGAGUCUGAAGUUAUGUAAAAAACCUUUUCAGCGAAAUAAGAAACGAAGCAUAAGCAAAUUAAAAUGUCUUGCAUAUGAUUUUGUUUGUCAUCUACACUGACCAUUUCAAACUGCAUGUAUCAGGGUAAUGACAGAACUAUUUAUCAUAAUCACAAAAUAGAACCUGAACAUGACUGAGCACAUCAUAUAGACACAGCCAAAAAAGUCAGGAUGAAUAUAGUCCAACAACAAAUCUUUGUGUGUUGGUUUUUAAGCCUGUUCCUGGGGUUAUUUGGGAUGCUAAUUUGGAAAAUUACAUUGGCUAUACCGCAUUAGCUCUAGGUUCUUAGGUAAUAGAUUAGCGAGAUGGGCCAAUACAAAAUGAAGUCCAAAAGGGACAAAUGCAAGACACUCCACUUAGGCAGAAAAAAUGAAAUGCAAAGAUACAGAAUGAGGGAUGCCUAGCUCAACAGCAGUACGUGUGAAAAAGAUUAGACAUGGACAAGUUAGACAUGAGCCAACAAUGUGAUGUGGCAGCUAAAAAAAGACAAUGGGAAUUUGGCCUGCAUAAAUAGGAGUAUAGUGUCUAGAUCCAGGGCAUUUAUGCUACCCCUCUAUUCUGCCUUGGUCAGACCACACCUGGAAUACUGUGUCCAAUUCUGGGCACUGCAAUUUAAGUGAGAUAUUGACAAGCUGGAAUGUGUCCAGAGGAGGGUGACUAAAAUGAUCAAGGGUCUAGAGAACAAGCCCUAGAAGGAACGACUUAAAAGAGCUGGGUAUGUUUAGCCUGCAGAAGAGAAAGCUGAGAGGAGACAUAACAGCCAUGUAUAAAUAUGUGAGAGGAAGUCAUAGGGAGGAAGGAGCAGGCUUUUUUUCUGCUGCCCUGGAGACUAGGAUGCAGAACAAUGGCUUCAAACUACAGGAAAGGAGAUUGCACCUGAACAUUAGGAAGAACCCCCUAAUUGUGAGAGCUGUUAAGUAGUGGAACUCUCUGCCCCAGAGUGUGGCAGAGGCUGGAUGGCCAUCUGUUGGGGGUGCUUUGAAUGCAAUUUUCCUACUUCUUGAGAGGGGGUUGAACUGGAUGGCCCAUUAAUUUCACUUCCAAAUCUAUGAUUCUAUGUAUGGUUAUCAUGAUUUCUUAUAGGUCGCUUCGGCAGCACAUAUACUAAAAUUGGAACGAUACAGAGAAGAUUGGCAUGGCCCCUGCGCAAGGAUGACACGCAAAUUCGUGAAGCGUUCCAUAUUUUUUGAGCAGGCGUUCGAAUAAUUAGUGCAAUGAUUGGUUAAUGAACACUGGAAUGGAACAAUGGAUGACGAAUCUGGAACAUGUUUUUGAUGAUGAGACGACAGUGAAUGGGUAUUGUAGUAACUGUUUAUUAAUUGUGUAAUGUGUUAGGUUGUUAACUGUUUUUAUACUGUAGCACUGAAUUUUUGCUGUUCGUAUUUGUUGUGAACCGCUGUGAGUCGCCUUCGGGCUGAGAACAGCGGUAUAUAAGUAAGGUAAAUAAAUAAAUAGGUGAAGAGAUGAAGACUGCUAUAUGGACUAUGGUCUUUAUUUGAAAAAUAGCGCUAAUAAGGAAAAACUGGUGUCAUUUUUGGAAUCUGCAGGUCAAAUAUUCCCCAAAAGUCUAACAUUUGAGGCACCAAAAUGUGUGUUGACCAGUGAUAUCAAUAAUCAGAUUAACUAUGCACCAGUAUUUUAGCAUCAGAGGUUGGGGUUGGCUAUUGUUCAAGAGAGUUGCCAGACAAAGGAAAGAACUGAGUUGUGCUUUUCAAUCAUCCCAACCUAAAUAUAUGAUAUGAUCUGGAAUUAAAUUUGCUGUAAUAAAGACAAGCUAUAAUGUGAGA